AUGGUGCUGCUCCUCGGGGCCGUCCUCGCUGUGCUGCUGGGAAGCUCCCCCGUCGCGGCAGGCUCUCUGCGCGACAUCGAGCAUGUCGUCAUUUUCAUGCAGGAGAAUCGCGCGUGGGAUACGUACUUUGGCACGAUGGCGGGUGUCCGUGGUUUUAAUGACCCCAACGUUCAGGUCAACGCCGAUGGGCAAUCGGUCUGGAACCAGCAAGUCGAUCCGGACAUGUCCACGGCCACCAACACCCUGCUGCCCUGGUACCUGGGCUACAAGGGCGGUGACUGGAACGAUGCCAUCCAGUGCAUGGCCGCCGGCGACAACGGCUACCAGGAUAACCAGGCCGCUCUCAAUCACGGCCUGAACAACCAUUGGGCCCGUAACAAUACCCCCUGGAGCUGGGGCUAUUACAAGCGUGAGGACAUCCCCGUCCAGUUCGCCAUCGCCGAGGGGUGGACCUCCGGUGACAUGUAUCAGGAGUCUCAAAUUACUUCGACCAACCCGAACCGUGUCACUCUGGUCAGUGGCUCUGUGAAUGUGCCCGGAAGCCCGCAGAACUCUAGCCAGGGUGGCGUUUACAUCGACAACAACGAGGUGCCUGGAUGUGAUAGCCAGGGCAUCAAUUGCUACCCUCUCAAGUGGAAGACCGUCUAUGAGUUCUACGAGGAUGCCGGUGUCUCGUGGCAGCUUUACCAGGACACCAAUAACUUCGACGACAACCCCCUGGCCUGGUUUUCUCAGUUCCAGAAGGCGAGCAAGAACUCGCCCCUCGCCCAGAAGGGUAUGUCCUUCGUGGGUCUGGAUGCUUUCUACGCCGCCGCCGCCAACGGUUCCCUCCCCGAAGUCAGCUUCAUUGUUGGCCCAGCCGAGCUGUCCGAGCACCCGCCGUACCAGCCCAAGGAUGGUGGCUGGCUGCAGAAGCAGGUCGUAGAGGCGGUCAUCAACAGCCCCAAGUACUCGUCAACCCUUCUGAUGAUCAGCUUCGAUGAGACUGGUGGAUUUGGCGAUCACGUUACUCCAUUCCACUCGCCCCAGGGUACCCCUGGAGAAUGGAUGGAAGACCCGAUGGGCCUCUUCGGUGAUGUGUUUGUGGGACCUGGUUUCCGCGUUCCCUUCUAUAUGAUCUCCCCCUGGACUCGGGGUAACCGUGUCUUCACGGAGCGGGCCGAUCACAACUCGCAGAUCCUGUUUGUAGAGCAGUGGCUCACUGCUCGUGGCUACAACGGAAUCCAGACCGACCAGAUGGUCCCGUGGCGACGUCUCCACAUGUCAAACCUAGUCAAUGCCCUGGAUCUGGAGAACCCCGAUCUCUCUCUCCCUAGCCUGCCCGAGGCCGAGACCCCCGUCACCAACGGCAAUGGCGAUUACGUUGGUUCAGCGCAGUGUCAGGCUAAGCACCCAACCCAACGUCCCCCUGUUCCCUACGGUCAUCAGGAUGACUCCACCAAUGCCCUCUGGUUUGAGGACGGCUAUAAAGAGGUGGUCGGUUACCUGACUGAAGGCCGGUACCUCGUCGCCGAGAAGGGCGGGUCAGCACUGACCAAUUCUGGCAAGCGCGACUACGUGACCGUCACCCCAGCAACAAAAAACCACGAGUCCAAGUCACAGCGCUGGAUCAUUCACUAUACCGAAGACCAGGAGAGCGAGAUCUUCACCAUCUCUAGCGCCCUGGACGGUCGCUGGCUCGGCGCGCGCGGUGUCCUGCUGGACAGCGACCAGGCCCAGGACGCCGAGCCCGUACGCAUCACCUUCCUCGGCAAUGGCCUUGGUUAUACCGUGCAGUAUGUCAACGGCAACCAGUACGUCGAUGUCGACCACCUGGGCUCGCUUCAGAUUGCCACCCAAGAUCAAAGUCCUGAUCAGGGCUUCAAGCUCUACAGCGUGACAUACCAUGAAUAA